CGAGGAGGCCCCGGACUGCCCCGCCGACGAGGUGCCCGCCCUGCCCCACCCCCUCUCCAUGCCCAUUUUGUGGGACGGGGAGCAGACAUGUGACGGGAUGAGUAGAGCAGGGCUAGACGCUGGCUAGUGAUGAUUAUUGAAUAUUUAACUGAUUCUCUCUUUGUUUCAGUUUCCUCUGACUUUGGCCGAGCCGACCCAGGCCUCCGCCAAGGCCCAGCAGGCCAAGGUCGCCGAGCCGACCCAGGCCUCCUCCGAGUCCCAGCCCCGCGACAAGGCCCAGCAGGCCAAGGUCGCCGAGCCGACCCAGGCCUCCGGCAAGGCCCAGCCUCGCGCCAAGGCCAAGCUGGUCCAGGACCCCGCCAAGCCGACCCAGGCCUCCGCCGAGGCCGCCUUCACCAUGGGCCGUCGCCGCCUGGCCCACCGCCCAAUAGCGGUGGUGGCCCCGGAGCCUAAGGCAAAGAAAAAUGUGUUUGAGCGACUCACGCCGCCCGGCCGGCCAAGCCUACAGGGGUUCGACCCCAGGGCGGCCGCGACGGCCGUCGCGGCCUACCAGGCCCCGGCCCCAGCCCCAGCCCAGGCCCCGGCCCCAGCUCAGGCCCAGGCCCAGCAACCCCAGGUCCAGCACCCCCCGGCCCAUGUAGUUCAAGCCCGUGGGCAGGCCCACCCAUAUUCAGUUCCUAAGUUGACAGUAAAACAGCUUGCCGAGGCUAUCAAAAGAACAAGGAAAUAGCUUUUUUUUAAUUUUUCCCUUUUUCAUCAUAUUUUAUUAAGUAAAAUCAUGUUUUUUGUUAAAAAAUCAGUAAAAAACCAAUCAUGAUCAUCCUAUUCUAGUGUUGUCUUUUAACCUCUGAUGAAAACUCUCUGGUGAAGUGUUGGAAGGUAGAGGAAAGAAAAACAUGUGGACGUUUCGAAUUCUUUAUUGAUUUAAAAGUAUGUACAGAGUUACACGAUUCUCGAGGUAAAACUAACAUUACUUUGAUACAAUUCACAAGUUAAAUUAUUUUACAUUGUAAUAAUAACAGAAUGUCAAACAGAUAAUGCAUGAUAAAACUUCCGAGGUAACAGAAAAAAGUCUAUGAGUUAAUACAAAUGCUCUAUCACGAUUCUAUGACGGGGGUUCUAUAAUUCAAAGAGUAAUGUGUUGUGCACUACAACACAUUGUGUUAUCACAAUAAUCUUUUGUCCAUGCAAGUUAAACUUUCCACUAAGAUUUAUCAGAACAAGUCUCGAUUCUUGGAGAUAACUAGUUUUAUUUAAAAGGAACAGACACUAACGUAGCACAAUUUUGAGGGAACUGUUUUAUUCAAUUGCUUUGACAGCAUAACAAGAUCAUGUCAGUUUUUGAAAAUCGAAGAAAAUAUGUCAUGCAAAAACAACAUGAAAGGUUAGACUUGAAACUUUACCUAACUAGUUUUACUUAAACACAAAAGAAUAGACACAAGCAUAGCAUAAUUUUGGAGACCUAGUUAAAAGAAAGAGAUUGGACAUGCAAAAUUAUUUAGUGUCAUGCAAAAACAAUGAAUAAUUUUAAGUGAAAGAAAAAUCAGACA